CUCGCCCCUCCUCCCGGUGGCUGCAUGCCCAGCAAUCACUGCCGCGGCAGAGGCAUCGCGCCGCCCUCCGGCCGGGAGGCGCCCGCCACCACUGCCCGCCUCGGCGGCGGAGCCGGGACCGCGUCCCCGCCCCGCGCUCCUCCCCGCCGCGUGGCUCUCGCCCCUCGGCGGCAGCUCCGACCGCGCUUUUCCCUUCAUCCCUGCUUCCCUCACUUUUUCCCUUCCUCGCCUGGUGAGGCGAUGGCUGCGUCCGAUGCCGGUCGGCACCCGCAAAAUGAUGACUGUCGAACUUUAUCCUUGUCUGCGCAUGUUGGGUUUGAUAGUUUACCUGACCAGCUGAUUAAGAAAUCCAUCAAGCAGGGCUUCUGUUUCAACAUUCUUUGCAUUGGAGAAACUGGAAUUGGGAAAUCAGCCUUGAUAAACAGUUUGUUUAACAGCAAUUUUGAGGACCCUCCAUCAACACACUUUCUGCCAAGUGUACAACUUAGAACCCAGACUUACAAACUUCAGGAAAGUAAUGUUCUUUUGAAGCUGACCAUUGUAAAUACAGUGGGAUUUGGUGACCAGAUGAACAAAGGAGAUAGCUAUCAGCCAAUAGCGGAUUAUAUAGAUGCACAAUUUGAAGCCUAUCUCCAGGAAGAACUGAAAAUUGUACGUUCUUUAUUUAGCUACCAUGAUACUCGCAUCCAUGUCUGCCUCUAUUUCAUCUCACCUACAGGCCGUUCCCUAAAAACCCUGGAUUUGUUAACCAUGAGAAACCUACACAGUAAGGUGAACAUUAUACCAAUUAUAGGCAAAGCAGACAGCAUUUCUAAAACUGAGCUACAGGAGUUCAAGAGCAAAAUAAUGAGUGAAUUAGUUAGUAAUGGCAUCCAGAUAUACCAGUUUCCAACUGAUGAUGAAACUGUUUCUGAAAUUAAUACCAUCAUGAAUGGUCAUUUGCCUUUUGCUGUAGUAGGAAGCACGGAAAAGGUGAAUAUUGGAAACAAAAUGGUGAGAGCUCGUCAGUACCCUUGGGGCAUUGUAAAAGUGGAAAAUGAGAACCACUGUGACACUGUAAAGCUUCGCAAGAUGCUUUGCACAAAUAUGGAAGACUUAAGAGAGAAGACUCAUACACAACAUUAUGAGUUGUACAGACGCUGCAGACUGGAAGAGAUGGGUUUCAGAGACAUUGACCCCAAGACCAAACCAGUCAGGCUUCCAUGCUUUCAGUCUUAUGCAGACAGAGAAACUAUAUGCCACAGCUAUGCUUCUUCAGAAAGUCUGCAGGAAGCCUAUGAGGCAAAGAGGCAUAAGUUCUACCUUGAACUGCAAAGAAAAGAAGAGGAGAUGAAACAAGAAUUUGUGCAGAGAGUGAAGGAGAAAGCAGCAGUGUUGAAAGAGGCAGAGCAAAAGGUACAGACUAAAUCUGAAUGUCUUGCGCUAAUGCAUCAAGAAGAGGAACUGAAAUUAAAGGAAAAGAAAGAAGUUCUGGAAGAUGAAAUAGCUGAGUUUAUUGAGAAGAAAGCUACAGCUGAAUUGCUCCAAUCACAAGUGCUCAUCUCUACCCCUGUUGUUAAUUUGAAUAGACAGGGACUGCAGAAAAACCAAGAUUUUCAACUUGAACUCCAAUGCUUUGAUGUCAGAGAUGAAGGAAUUAUGAAUGUUCAAGAACAGAGCGAAAGGGAAAGUGAGGAGGAGGAGGAGUUAGAGAGAGAAAUUCACCUAGGGAAUUCCAGAAAUAGUAUUUGAUUGCAGCACUCAACGCUUUGAAUGUAGAGUAUGUUAGUUUUAUGAAGUGAUCUGAUUGCUGUUGUCUCAUAAUAUUACAUGUGUCUUCCUAAUACAGAUUUUUUAGAGAAGAGGUUGAUAAAACUGGCUGUGAAAUUACACAGAGUGCAGAAUAUGACCCGAUAAAGAUUUCACUUCCUUCUCUUCCACCCACUUCUUUUUUUCUCUGCUUCCAAAAGAAAAGCUUGAAUAGGUUGUGGAAUUUCAGAAAUACAUUCAAAAGUAGUCUCCAGAUUAUAACAUGCCCAACUUCUUCAUAUAUAAAAAUUGAAUUAAAUGCUCUUAUAAUAAAUUAAACUGAUUUAAAUGUUUUUCUCCUCCAGAACCAGAAGUCAAUUAACUUAUUAAUUUCUUUUCCUGAUAGGUUACAAAUUUACUGCAAAUGACAUUUUGUUAAUUAAUAACUUACUGCAGUUGAAAGCAGAUUUUUUGGUUCUGAAUUUAUUCAUAACUGCUAGAUUAUGAAGAACUUUUGAAGCUAGGUAGGUGCACAUAUUUUCACAAAUGUGACAUUUUUGUGGUGUGUGAUAAGAGCCUGCUUAUGUUUUUGCCAAAAUUUAUUGCAUUUCAACUACUGUUACUGAGUUCCUUUUCUUAGACUCCUUUUUUUUUCUGGAUUUACAUAUGAAAAUGGGAUUCUUGGUAACAGAGGUCAUUAUCUGUGCUACUGUGAGUAACUCCCAACUUCAGAAAAUUUUUGGUUUGUUUUCUCUGGUUUGGUUUUAUAUCUUCAGAGUAAGUUAAGUUUAUGUGCUUGUUCUGGUUUUUUAGUUCAAGCUUUCCACAGUACUGAUGACAGAAGACACAGUAUUGAUAAUUUCUUUUGAGGAAGCAAUGAUUCAUGGUGCACUUUUGAAGGUAUAGGCGUUUCAGUUCCUUAUGAAAGGAAGAUAUCUCUUAUUGCUGCGUGCUGCAAAACAAGAAUUUUUAUGCAUGAUCUCACAUAGAGUGAGGUGAUUACUGUCAU